GCAGGCGCCUGAGCGGGUGUGUCUGGAGUGGGGGCGGGCAGAUCCCUGAAGGUGGCAAUUUCCCGGGCCCACGGCGCCGGGGAACAGGUGGAGAGGCCGGGCUGGCCCGGGCUUCGGCCUCAAGCGUCGGGAAAUGGCUGCGGGGGGCAGGCUGGAAGAUGGUUCCUUGGAUCCAUCCCAAAGUGUUGAAGAUGACCCCCUUCUGGACACCCAGCAUCUUUCACAUUAUUCCUUACAUGCUCAUUUUAGACCCAGAUUCCAUCCUCUUCCUACGGUCAUUAUAGCAAACCUUCUCCUGUUAAUACAUGUUGUGUUUGUUAUUUUAGCAUUUGUAACAGGUGUGCUUUGUUCUUACCCUGAUCCAAAUGAGGACAAGUGCCCAGGAAACUACACCAACCCACUGAAAGUUCAGACGGUCAUAAUCCUUGGAAAAGUUAUUUUGUGGAUUCUGCAUUUCCUUCUUGAGCGCUACAUUCAGCAUCACCACAGCAAAGUAAGAAACCGAGGCUAUCACAUGAUCUACCGAUCAACAAGGCAUCUUAAAAGACUUGCAUUAAUGAUACACUCCACUGGCAGCACAGCUCUCCUCCUCACACUGUGCAUACAGCAUUCCUUCCCAGAGCCCAGCAGGUUGUAUCUUGACCUCAUUCUGGCCAUCCUGGCCCUGGAACUGAUCUGUUCCCUGACGUGUCUGCUCAUCUACACAGUGAAGAUUCGAAAAUUUAAUAAAGCCAAACCACAGCCUGAUAUACUUGAAGAAGAAAAAGUCCACGCUUACCCUAGCAAUAUUACUUCAGAGACUGGAUUCAGGACUAUUUCAAGUUUAGAAGAAAUUAUUGAAAAGCAAGGAGACAUAAUAGUAUACCUGAAGAGACACAAUGCACUGUUGAGUAAGCGGUUGUUGGCUUUCACUUCCUCGGACCUAGGCUCUCAUUCAAAUCGAAUGUGAGAGUUCAAGGUCAAGACAGCAAUUGCAGAGUGAUCCAGGCUAAUACAAGACUGACCACCUGACAAACUGUCAUAGAAAAUGGCAGCUUUUGCCGAGUGACAUUUUACCACUCUUGUAGAGUACCUGAAUUUGGUUCUCACCUGUGUGGCUAUUUAAUAUGUAGAGCUGUGGAUUAUGUGAUGGUGAUUUGUCAAGCCUUGAUAUCUCAAGAAUGUCUGUUUUACACAUUUUGAAA